AGUGUGUUUUGUGGCGCUGUACAGGAAGGAAGUGUGUGCUGGCGCAGUAACGCGCGCGACAGAGUAUCAAGGCAAAAAGCAAGAGUCUUCAAACGCAAGCAUUCGAGCAAGUAGCAGAACUGAAAGUGAAAAUAGGCCUGUCUGGGUCCAACCUCCCUCCGGUGUUGAACAUAUAGCUAUAUACUUGUGUCUGACGAUAUCGAGGCCUACCCGUGCACCGCACUUGUAGCAGCCGUCGAACCGCGCCGCUAAGAAUAGGCCUUUUUGUCCAAGUUCUAAGAAUUGUUGGGCUUCGUUUUGUUUUCGCACGGUCGUGAAUGAAGUUAUGCGUAGUAUUUUCGUUCUUGUUUCCGUGAACCCACAGUGGAAGAAUAACUUAGAAUAUUUCGGACGUCACGUAAGCGAAGCAAUUUUUUGCAUCGAUAAAACUUAAAAAUAGAUUCUCCGGAUUUUUGUGAUCGAUGACAAGGAAGAAAAGUGAAGAAAAACAAAUGCCAAAGUCCGACACCUCAGUGAUAACGAUUUUUCACGUUUUCCUAUCGUUUUGUGCUGUGUAUUCGUGAGCUCUCAGGGAUCUUCUCUGCGCUGAGUAACGAACGCCAACGAAGACGAAUACAAGUCCCACCAGAAAAGGGCACGAAAAUAGCGAGAGUGCUGGAGAAUAUUGGCUGCUUUUGCAGGAUUUUUUUAUUCGACACGGUGGAGUGGGAAAUUCGUACGGCGAACGAAGAGGAAAAACUAGGGCAAGUGUACUUGAACUACGAAAGGAAUGUUUUUGAUCCGCGACAUCGGAACAGCAGGAUGAAGAGUUGUAAUUCCGAAACCUGUGCUAGUAACUGACAAUAAAAUAGGACCAUAAGCUUCAAGAAAAGUGUGAGACAGUGACUAGAAAAGUAUAAACUUACAGUCGUGCAGAAGAAAGAGAAGAAGGGCAGUGAUGAACCGUGAAAUUCGUCACCACUGAACUAGAGAAAAAGUGCGUGCGUUUAGGAAGUCACGUUCGACCAGUUUUAAUUUUGACCUUCAUCCUUCCUUCUGAUUUAUCGAGUGUCCCAUUCGAGGGACCUCCCCAGCCGCGAAAAUAGAUACCCUAGCGUUACAUUCGUAUCACCCGCUGCUCCUUAUGGCGCCUCGCCGAGGAACCGUAGGCCCGGCGACGGACCUGUUUGGGACUCUCGGGGGCGGUGAUUCCGAUCACGGAUUCGAGAGCUCCCAGUCGAUAGAUGGGUCCGGCAGCGAGGGUGCCCACAUGACACGAUGUUGCGUUCCCAUUGGCGACUGCUUCAAAUCAUCGCCGGUCGAUUACGGUUCCAUCAAUUUGGAAGAUUUGAGAGAUUGCGUUCGCGUUAUCUGCAACAAUGACAAUUGCAGCGCCGGACAGUACAUGCAUCGCGAAUGCUUCGACCACUGGGAAGAAGGUGUCCUGAACUACCUCAAAUCGAUCGGGCGUGCUCGGUCCUGGUCCGAUAAGCAGCGACAGCAAAAUCUGUGGACCAAGAAAGGAUACGACCUGGUGUUUAAAGCUUGCUCCUGCAAGUGCGGACGUGGUCAUCUCCGCAAGGAUCUGGACUGGAUCCCACCAACCUCGCUGUUCCAGUCCCGCAUGGACGAUGAAUCCGCUAAGAAAAAGAAGAAGAAAAACCGCCAGAAUCAGAAACCUAUCCUAGCCAUCUCCACCAGUCCGUCGAGCCACUCCAGCAGCUCGUCCAACAGCCCGAACGCCGGAACCACCGGAACCAACACGGGAGCGACUCUGUUGAGCACCCUCAAACUGGCGGACCACUUUGCCACCUCGCUGAUUCUGAACACCAACAGCGGUGGAACCACCGGUCACGGUGGUGCGGGCCACGGACAUGGAACCGGCAACCGGCAGCGGACCAAUUCCCUGUCGUCGUCCAGCAACGGAUCCAGCACGCCACCGGCCAGUUCCACGACGUCCGGCGGUGGCAGCGAGUGCCAGAGCAUUUCGCCGGUGCACAGCGGGCUCGGGCUGAGCGGUUGUUCGGUGGCGGUCACAGCCGCUGCGCUGGCCAAGCUGCCGCUGACGCCGAAAACCAAGGUGGAAAUCUACUCGGAACGCGUGAGGGCGACAUCUGGCGCCAACGGCAUCUUCUCCCGACGGCUGGAUUUUUCCUCAUUCAACAUGCUACCCCGGCAACGGAUAAACUCCUACUCGAUCAAGAUCGAGGACGAAGGCAACCACGGAAACGACGAGACGCGCCUGUUUAUCCUGUCUUCACUGGCCGCCCAGCACAAGAGCCGGGUGGCCUGCGUCCUCUGCGAGGAACCGAUGCUAGUCUUUGACCGCUACCCGCUAGUCGAUGGAACGUUUUUCCUCAGCCCCAAGCAGCACGCCAAGGGUUGCAUCGAGGUGAAAUACGAGAAUCGAGUCCAAUAUCUGACGUCCGUUUGCAUGGCGUGCCUGGAUGGCGUCGAACAAAACCGAGUAGUACGAUGCAGAUUCUGCGCCCAGAAAUGGGACGGCUCCUCGUUGGUUCUGGGAACCAUGUAUUCGUACGAUAUUUUUGCUGCGAUGCCAUGCUGCACUGAGCGAUUGAAGUGCAACAACUGUUUCAAGCUGCUGCUCCACCCGCACCAGCGGCUAAACUUCUACAGCGACCACAGCCACAGCGUUUCGUGCCCGUACUGUCACGCCCAGGACACGCACUUCGUGAAGCCGCUGGCCUACUGCUACACCAAACAGCCGAUGCAGCUGUUCCAGCAGUGGCCAUAACAUGAGGCCCCGUUGGAGUCCCCGAAGGCGACCGAGGUCCAGCUCGCGGCUGCCUCGUCCGCCAGUACCGCAACCUGCAGUCGAAGCAACAGCACCUCGUCUGCUGCAGCCUCCCCGCCACCGUUGAUGACGUCCGCGGCGCCGUUC